UGUUUGACAAAGCUUGGACGGCCCCCGUCGGCAGUAGAGAUAAGCGCCCCCGGGCUCAGGGUGUGAGCCAGCUGGGCCCGCGGCAAACACUCCACGGUCCCCGGGCAGGCCCUGCAGGUGGGGCCAGUCAGCGAUGCUCCCCCCACGGAGUCCUGGUUGCUGGGCACUAAAGCAAACGGGCUCUGUUUGCCUGGUCUGCGGUGACAAUGCUGUCGCCAAAUAUUUGCCAUCCAGGGCGGCCGCAGGGCCUGGCUAUAAAUGCUGGAGCCCAGGUGGAGGGGCCUGUCCAGUGAAGCUGCAAGCCUCGGCCAGGUAGGAGCCAGGGCCUGGCGCGUAGGAGGUGUGCGGGAGGUCCAAGGGGGUGGCCACACCGCCAGGGCUGGACAGGCAGGCCCACUGAAGCAGGCUCUGGGGAGGGAGGGCUCCGCGGUGACCUGAAGCGCAGCAGGAGGGCCUGGGCCCGUCUACGGAACGGAACGGUGCCAGCCACGUGGGGGCUGGGGCAGAGGGCAGGCAGCACAGGGCAGUAGGUAUUUGGCCUGGGGCAAGUCCCCAGCCCCGUCUCUGCACCUCUUCCCGGGGGGCGGUAUCUGCCGAGAAGGGCUCCGCUCUUGUCUCCUCGCUUCCUUCUCACGAGGGCCUCUGGGUUUCAGAUAGCCUAGUGGCUGGCUGAGAGGAUGGCAUCCCACCCCAGACCCUCCCCUUACCUUGAGCCGGGGCACCCAGGUCAGGACCCAGUGCCCCACUCCCGCUGACCACAUGAAUGGAAGCCUGGGGCUGUACCUGCAGGCUGGAGGGCGCCCAGGCCCGGCUGUGUCUUCUCCGCAGGGUCAGAAAGCCACCACGGCCUGGGGCAAGGCUCAGCAGGGCCCAGACCCCUCCGCUCCGGGGGCUCCCCUGUCACCCAGCCCUGGGGCUCCUGGCCCAGCCCCGAGUGGCCUCCUUUCCAGGACAUCAGCCUGUAGCCAUGAGAGCCCCACUCCCAAGUGGACGGAUGCUGGCCCUGGCUGACCCUCUCCAAGCACAGACUCAGCCCCGGGAGUCUGCGAAGCCCCACCCUCAGGAGAGUUGGGGCUAGGAGCACCCUGGGGGGCACAGCAGGUGGGCUCUGAGCUGCAAGCCUGACUGCUCCGCCCUCUCCACUCCCCAGCAGGUACCUACUGCUCCGGGACCCGAAGCCCAAGGACAACCCAAGAUGGCAGCCGGUGUGGUCCAGCCUCUCCGUGACUUCCGGCUGCCCCUGCCAUCCCCUAAACACCUCCUACCCUCAGACCUGGUGCCCCCAGAAACCUCUGAGGAUGAGGACGAGGACGAGGACGAGGAGGUGGAGGGUGAGAGGCUAGGGGGCUAUAGCCCAGCCCUCCAGAGCUCAGGCUGGGCCGAGCCCACCCCAGAAGCAGCCCCCGAGGACCCGUGGCAGCUGUUGCGAUUCUCUGAGCUCAUCAGCGGGGACAUCCAGCGCUACUUUGGACGCAAGGACCAGCGGCAGGACCCAGACGCCUGCCCUGCCUACUCGGAAGGCUGCCCAGCCAGCGACUCCGCCAGGGAGCGCUACCACGCUGACCUGAGCCCAGCUCAAGGGCCCCUGGAGGGCAGGGAGACCUCUGAGCCGGGGGGCUGCUCAGGGGGGCCCCAGGAGCAGGCAUGCUGGCCAGGCCCCAGCAGGGGUGAGGCGGAGCGCCUGGGCCCCCUGGCUGAGCUCUUUGACUUCGGGCUGCGGGGGUGCUCAGGGCUCGGGGGCUCGCCUGCCCGCAGACUGAGGCUGGAGCAGAAGUACGGCCAUGUCACUCCCAUGGCCCAGAGAACGCUCCCCCCAUCCUUCUGGACAGAGCCAGCGCCCAGCCCCCUCGGCCUACUGCACAGUGGCACGCCCGACUUCAGUGACCUGCUGGCCAGCUGGUCAGCUGAGGCCGGCCCUGAGCUGCCAGCCGGGGGCACCCCAGGCCUGGAGGGUGCCCAGCUGGCUGAAGCCUAGCAAGCAGGGUGGGGCACCAGGGGCACAGUUCCC